UUUAUAUCCGUUAACGGCCUGGUUAGAAGCCUGUCCCAGUGCUGCCAGAGCCACUCCCAUAGUAACAUACCCCUUUUUGUUUCUCCCUUUGGCAUCGUGCUCUCAUGAUAUUCCUCGCCUCUGCCACCAUGGACACAGAGAGCACACACGCCCAAGAUAAUGACUAUACCCAGUCGCCUUGGCUGGAUUUGGGUGGUUUCAGCCCUUCCCAGCAGUCACCACCGCUUGAUUACCAUGGGUUUGGGUACGGCAUGCUGCCUUUGGAGUCAGCGUACGGAGUGUCUGUACCACCUCCGUAUGCAUCACUUCCAUUAACUAUGCCCUCGAAUACGUGGCCCAGUAUGAUGUCAACUCACCCGCAGCACCCUUUUCCAGAGGGAAGCGUGCCGCCUGUGCCCAUACCACCAGCGGUAUCGCCAGUCACACAUAACCCUCCACCGCCGCCACCACCGCCGCCGCCACGCAAGUCAUCAACGAGUAACUCGACACCGCGAAGGACGCUUACGGAUGAUGAUCGUCGGCGGAUGUGCUUGUAUCAUGAAGAGAACAAAACCGCCAAGCAAACAGACAUUGGAGCGAUAUUUGGAGUGGAACGAAGGUAAUAAAUCCACGCAUUCCCAUCUACUUCUGAUUUGAGUAAAUCCGUUCUGACACGUUAUCCAUCUGCUGAAGUACGGUCUCAAAAGUGCUACGUCAGAAAGAGAAGUAUCUUAAUCCCG